AAAAAAAAAAAAGAAAAAGAAGUGACAGGGGGAGCGCGCAGCGGAAGCCUGAGUCAGUCUUCAGCGAGGCAGCGCACGGAGAGGACCAUGUGGCGGAGCAGCGGUUCCCUUCCCAUCACCAGCCUCUCUCCAACCUGUCCAAACCCCCAGCUGAGAAAUAAUGUCUAACAACACCACGGCGGUACACCAGGACUACCCUUGCGUGCGCUUCUACGUCUCCAUCGUCUCCUUCUCGGUGCUUCUCUUCUUCAACCUCAUCAUCAACUGGACCAUCGUCCGGGAGGAGCGGCUGCGCAGCCAUGCGCGCUUCGUGCUGGUCUUCCAGCUGCUGGCGUCCGCUCUGGUCCACUUCGGCGUGAGCAGCGUCUUCUACUACCAGAUCCACCUGGACGCGCGGCCGAGCCGCUCGGCGUGCCUGGUCAUGAUCACCGUCAUGAUCAGCAGCGCCUCCAACAUCCUGCUGACGCUGACGGUCAUGGCCCUGGACCGCUUCGUGGCCGUGUGCCACCCGCUGCGCUACGCCUCCGCCUGCACGGCGGCGUACUGGCCCUGGCUGCUGGGCGUGCUCACCUGGCUGCUAGCCCUGGUCAUCCCCCUCAGCCUGCUGCUGAAGCCGGGCGCCAAGGCCGAGCACCCGGAGGGGGGGUGCGACCGGGACCAGCUGAAGCAGGGCAAGGUUCAGAAGGUGCUGUUCAUCGGGGUGUGCUCGCUGCUCAUCCUCUACAGCUACGUGCGGAUCCUGGUGGAGGGACGCAGGCUCGGGGUGCUGAACCGGCGCAACCGGGCCGGGUGCAGGACCAUAGCCCUGCACGGCACCCAGCUGGCCGCGUACCUCCUGCCCAGCUUCACCAGCUUCGGGCUGACCGUGAUGUUAAAUCACCGCCUCAUCAGCGGGGAGACCAAGGAGCUGUCCGCCGUCGUCGUCUUUGCCUUCUUCAGCGUGGCGCAGUGCGUGGCGCCCAUUGUUUACGGCCUGCGCAAAGAGGAACUUCUGGAGCAGCUGAACCGUCGGUUCCCCUGCUGCUCCCGGUACCUGAAGGCUGUGCUCGGCCGGACUGUGAGAGCCACCUGGUCCCAUGCGCCGUCCAUCAGAAGGGAGCGGACGCUAACUGCUCAGACCAUCAUCUCCCUGGAAAUCCCACAAGAGGACAGGGAGGAAGAGACCGGACCGCUCCCGGACUCACCUUCAUGUGAAGGAGUUACAGACGAAGCCUGAUUGGCUGCUUGGUGUCAGGGUUUGACUGGACAAACUUUGGUUCCCAGCAGGUACUUUUUAUCCUGCGCUGUAAGGAACUCAGGAACACUUUUGAUCCAUCCUUCAUGAGAGCGUUUAAACCAGGACGUGCAGCUGCAUAUGGAGGACCACAGAAAGGCGUCAUCUGUUUGUCUUUUCUUUAGUCCGGUGCCUCCUCUGAGGCCAGGUGGAACAGUUCUCCGACUGCAGAACCCCUGGGACAGUUCAGGGCAACCAACCACGACCCGGUCCGUCUGAUUCUGACCUCCUGAGAUUACGCUGACCGACACGGAGGAUCUAUUCGAACAAAUUUCUCAGAGGAGGGACUUCUGGUUUCGCCUUUGUGGGCACAUUGCAACAUAGCACGUGUGUUUGUUACAAAAAAAAGUUUAUUUUUUGUGUAAAAACUACUUUAACUUAUUUGUACAGUUUUAACUUUGAAAACCUUAUCUACAAUAUUUUUUAAACGCCAUAUUUUUAUACCACUCCUGUGUUUUAUACAGAAUUGGAAAAGCAGAAUUGCCUAAACUGAAGCACCAAGUGCCUUUUAAUGAAGGGGCAAAAAGAAAGAUGAGGAAAAUAGAUUGAGCAAGCGUCUUUAUACAGCCGUUGCUUUGUGCUGAGAACGUCCUUCCCCUCAAGAGAUCAUUCUCCUUGAUCAUGCACGUAUUUCAAGACAGCAUGCUAAUUUAGGAACCAUUUCUCUGUUAUGUUUUUUCCCCCUCAAGUUCUAGUUUUUUUUGGGGGGAAAUGAAGUUACUUUGUGACAGCUCUUCUUUUAAAGCGGUGAAAAACAAAUGUCAAAACCCCACAUUGAUGCUCCCCUUCCUGUAUGUUCGUCAGACCGUUGUUCAACCUACGAUUUAUUUAUUUAAAAACGACCAUCCUCCCUUUUUUAAGGCAAUAAGCUACAGAAUAUUUUAAAAUGUGAAUUAUUUCCUGAAAAGGCCAGUUGUUGUUUUUUUUCUAAAAUUCUGAAACCA